CUGUAUUUAAAAACACAAACUGGAAUAAGAAAGAAAAAUUCACUACAGAGCUUAAAAUUAAGAGUGAUAGAGAAAUAGACAUAUUAGAAGGAUAUUUAGAAGUGGAUUUGGAUGAUAUUCUUAAUGAAAAGGAUUUGGAAAAUAAUGAG